AUGAAAAGAAUGUUAGAAUUUUAUACGAACAUCAACUCUGGACUGACGCAGGAGGGCAUGCAGCCGCCGCUUGUCUGCACCGGCAGAUCAGAGCUGAGCGCGAGCAUAAAACGCGAGAAGAUCGUCGAGAUCUGCGAAGGAUGCGGUCAGAAGAUCCAGGACCGUUUCCUCAUGCGGGUGGGCGAGCUCUCCUGGCACGAGCACUGUCUCAGCUGCUGCGUGUGCGGCUGUCCACUCACCCACACGUGCUUUACAAGGAAUGCGAAGCUCUACUGUAAACCCGACUACGAUAGAUUGUUCGGGGUGAAAUGCACCAGAUGCGGCGACCGACUGCUCCCACAGGAGAUGGUGAUGCGUGCGCAGCAGUACGUCUUUCACAUCCAAUGCUUCGUCUGCGUGAUGUGCUGCCAACCUCUGCAGAAAGGCGAGCAAUAUGUCAUCAGAGCUGGUCAGAUAUUUUGUAGGCAGGACUUCGAGAAGGAAAUGUACCUUAUGCAGCACGCUGAAGAUGACAUGAUCAUUGAUGACUCAGAGCGCCCUCGAGAUGGUCGUCGUGGUCCAAAACGUCCGCGAACUAUUUUAACUUCGGCCCAACGGAGACAGUUCAAAGCAUCAUUCGAAGUUAGCCCGAAGCCUUGUCGCAAAGUUCGCGAGGCUCUUGCCAAAGAUACCGGCUUGAGCGUCCGUGUAGUACAGGUUUGGUUUCAAAACCAAAGAGCUAAAAUGAAAAAGAUUCAAAGAAAAGCUAAACAAGAAGGCGACAAGAAUACAGACAAGGAGAAAGAUAAAGACGAAAAGAACAUCAAACAAGAAUCGCCAUCGAGUGAUCAUGGAAACUACCUUGGCUUGGAUAGCUCGUACUCAGCAUCCAGUCAACCACUGAAUCCAAAUUUGCCCUACUCACCAGAUGAUUAUCCCGCUCAUUCCGGCGACAGUUUUUGCAGCUCGGACAUAUCGCUGGACGGCAGCAACUUUGAUCAGUUAGACGAGGGCACGUCUGACACCAUGAGCCUACAGAAUCUGGAGGUGCAACACCAUUCGCACCAGCACUCCGCGCACUCGGCCCACGAGCCUUUGAAUCUAGGCACCGGCGCUGUUGUCAACCCCAUCGACAAGCUGUACCUCAUGCAGAACUCCUAUUUUAGCACGGAUCAUUGA